CGGCCGGGAGAUCUUCUGGAGGGAAGCGGUCAAGUCGGUCUCAGCUCUUGCUCGUGCCAUACGACACGUGCACCGAAUGCAGGUGCUCCACCGAGACAUCAAGCCUGCCAACGUGCUGGUGAGCAAGCGGGGCGACGUCAAGCUUGCAGACUUCGGGGAGAGUCUCCUCUCAGACGAUAGCGAGAUCGCUCCCAUCGUCGGAACGGAAGGCUACGUCGCACCGGAGCUGGAAAACCUCGGGGCAGUGCACAGCUGCGCCUCGGACGUGUACAGCUUUGCCAAGACGUUAGAGACCUCAGGCCUCAAGUUUCUCAUCGACGUGCGGGAGGAUGCCUUGUUCUUCAAAGCACUGACGGCAGAAUGCACCGUACGCAAUCCUGAUGCGAGGUUGACAAUGGAUGCCGUGGUAGCCAGGCUCGAACAGUAUGAGGCGGAAGAAAACAGAACCAUGCAGAGCCAACCAUUGAGGGGAAUCAGCGUAUGACCCUUGCUUCCCUUGGAGUCAAACAAACUUGCGGAGCCCGGCAUUCCGUCUUCCGAAGUAAAGAUAAAAAGUCUGAGGCACUGGUAAGAUGAUCUUAGGGUCCAAAGUUUACCCUAAUCAAAAGUCUCCGGAACCACCCUGAGACUAAUAUUUUCAAACAAGAAGUCUCGUCAUAGUUCGCUGCAGCAGCUUCAGUUGAGGUAUAAGCUUGUCUGCCUAAUAACAAACCUCGAGGCUUU